UCGUACGUGAGACAUUAUGAAUUCACUACAAUACGCAUCGGUAUGGGACUUGGGUUUGCCGGCAACACCAGCAGACAUGAGUCCUGAAAACAUGGACUAUGGCCUCAGUGAUAUGGUAAGGGCCGGUUACCUGGCGAAACUGCGUGAAACGCUAAUGGUCAACAUAAAAGAAAACACUGCGAGCGACCGCGGCUCGGCUGAAGACGGAACAAUAGAAAUGUUCGUGGAGAAGUGUUUGGGCGAGAUGGAAAAGGAAGCGAUAAGGAAGUGCAUGGUAGCAGAGAUAUACUGCGAUGCAAUGCGUAAAACAAUAGACGAAGUGAAAAUCUGUACCGGCACGUCAACGAUCCACGACCGGCUGAUGACGACCAUCAUAGCGCAAUCGGACAAUAGAAAUCAUGAAACUGCAUCGACGAUGGAGGUCGCUGUUGUCGAUAUUGAUGAAAGACAGCAGAACUGUGGCGACGCGUACUUACUUCAGUUCCCGACGCAGGCACAAGUCUUCGAUCAACAGGACGAACAGGCCAUUUUGACAUUAGCCAUUGAAAAUUUCAACCGUACAUCAAUGUUUCCGGGAAUGCCAACGGAAGACAUUGUGGACCCGAAUACCGUGCGACCCGAGAUGAUUGACAUCGUUAAGAACGAUAAAAAUCUCAGCGCUAUGGUGGCUACGACACACGAGUUCCGAAGGAACAUGAGAAGACUACCCCAUGCCAUGCGAGCCCGGAUAGACAAAGAGCUAAAUCAAGUGUUUGAUAACUGCUUUAAUCCCGAGUAUCAAUCAAUAUUCCUGUCCCUAGAAGAGGAACGGGUGAUUUCCUACGAAAGGAUCAAGCUGUUGGUCUCAGACCGUAUGAGACCAUAUUUUGAGUACGGGCCAAUCAUCAAAUCCUCCGAAUUUGAGAUUCUCGUCCGACUCAUAUCGAGGACCAUGAUGGAAAGCGCCAGCGAUCCGACUGAAAGCACGAUAAACCAAAUCAUAGACGGUUUUUUCAUCGGUCACCCGUACAAAACCGUCGAUCAUUUCAUAGCCACCAACUGUCAUUUUUUCCAAUCGGAUCGGCCGUUAUAACGGUUCAAACCAAAUGACGUCUCGAUAAUACAUACCGAAAUAUUAGUACACACAUACCGUUUUUAAGACAUGCAGCAAUGACUUUCAUUGCAUCACUGCUUUGUACGUCAACUACGAUUAUGUGAAAUGCCCAAGACUUUGCC